GCAGGCCAAAUCAACAGCAACCCUAAGAACACGCAUUCUUUUCUGUUGUUGUUGCUUUUCUAACAGAACUAGAGCACACACAUUUUUAUUGUCUUUUUUUUCAUCUUUGAAGAAAAAAUUUUACAGUGUAAAUCUCAAGACAUCUAAUGCAGCGAUAGCUUUGGAUGACAGCAAUCAAAUUCAGGGCUCUACACAUCACACAGUUGAGGCUUUGACUCCGAGGCUUGACUGGCCCCGAAGGCUGUGACCGCGACAGAAGCCAAGGCCAUAAGCGCUUGAGGAACCCCAGAUAACUAAGAAACUCAAGCUUUCCUUGUGACAGUUACCAAAGGGACGGUUCUCCGGUGGGGGCAGGGCGAAGCGUCCUGAGUCACCAUGGAAACGGGUCCCAGAAACAGUCCUAGCUCCGGGAAGGAAUCCCAGGAAAUCUGCUCCCCUGGAUUACUGGUGUUCACCGGCUGCUCUGAGCAGGAUGCCAGUUUGGCUAAGCAGUUUUGGCUCGGGGCGUCCAUGUAUCCCCCCACUGAAUCUCAGCUGGUGUUGACCAGGGACAGCAGCCAGCGGCUACCAGUGGCGAAGAAUUUUAAAGUCCAAGUGAGCGAGAAAACUCCAGUCCGACCCUUCCCCUUUGAUCAUAACAAGGAGGCAAAUGUCUUCGCUAAAGCCCAAAAGAUUCAGGAAGCUGAAGAGAAAGCAAAGUAUCUCCAAAAGGCCAAAAAGAGAGAUGAGAUUCUCCAGCUCUUAAGGAAACAAAGAGAAGAGAGAAUUUCAAAAGAACUGAUUUCAUUACCUUAUAAGCCUAAGGCCAAAGUACCUGAAGCAAAGGAAGUCUCAUCAGAAUCAGACAAACAGGACCAAGAAGAAGUCAAAGCCUUGCAAUGAUUUGAUUGAUAUAUUGUAGCAGGUGACUGACAUGUAUUCACCUUUGAAGCAAGUUAUGCUUACAUCAGGAUCACCAAGUAAAAAGUGUGCAGAUUUCCAGGAAUUUGACAAUUACUGAGCA